UUCGGCCUUGGUAAGCAUUGGCUAUCGGUCUUCAGCCAUGUCGGAGCGAUCCCGUGCACAACUCAAGGCAGACGUCGACCAUGCGUAUGGUCUUCAGAUCCGAGCAGGCUCGAAGGGCGCGGCCCAGAUAGGUGCAGCAGGCCUCGGAGCAGUCACCAUAGCCCAUUACACCUGGCCAUUCUUCAGACGACAGACACUCCCCUUCAAGGCCUUCCUGGUUAUGGGCUCGGCUAUGGCUGGCCUCGUCAUAGGUGCAGACAAUGCGCUCCUGACACACGAAGCAGAACGACGGCGAACCGAGAAUGCUAUUCGCAAGGAGGCACGAAUGGACAUCGCGCGGAGAGGCCUUGUUCCUACGGAAACUGAGAUCGCAAGAUGGCGGGCUGAACAAGGACGAUGACGCUCAUCUUUAGCUGUCAGCUUAGACCCUUAAGCUUCUUUAGUGCGCUCGCGUCUUAAAUUUAUUAUAGUUCAUAAUUUAUUAGUGUCAAAUUG